AUGACUAUGACGUCCCACAAGCUUCUGAGGACUACCAGGGAGGACGGUCCCUAUUGGGCCGGCCCUCUUCUGGCCCUCAUCGCACUGGCCACGGCCACAUAUAUCCUCCUCUCCGACUUUGUCGACCUCGUCCUGUCCCCGUACUCCGCCCACCUCUCGGGUGCCUUCUGUGGCAUCGUUUUCUACCAUAUUAUCGCCGUCGUUCUCAUCCGGUCCUUGUCUUCCGGCGUCCUCCGGUCCUUAUUCCAUCCUGCCUCCGCCCCCGUUCCUGCCACUACUUCUGUUUCGAAAGCCAUCCAGGCCGGCGAAUCCUACAUUCGCGAAGAAGGUUUCUCAGCUUGCGAUCGGCCCGCCUUCUGUUGCAAGCGAACAACCAAGGACCUGAGCGCCGCGUGCCUCGCCAACGCCCGUCUCCAGAAGCAGAUCGCCGCCCUCAAAGACCAGAUCACACUGCUCCGCAAAGGCGCCCAGGCCUCAGACGCCCAAGCCCAAGCCCAAGAGCAGCGCCUCGCCAACGCCUCGCUCGCCCACGAAGCCGAGAUUGCCCAGGUCCGCGCGCACGCCAAGAAGAAGAUGGCCGCGGCCGCCAAGCACGAGGCCGCCCGUUUCAAGCGCGCCGCCAAGACCAAGGCGCGGGACGCCGCAGGGGCGGCGGCCGCGCAGGAGACGGUGCGAGCCGAGCUUGCGGCGAUGCGCCGGGAGCUGGUCACGUUUCGGCCGGACCCGUUUGCGCGCGCCACGAUUGAGGCGCUGAAAAGAGAGAAGAGGGAGCUCGUGGCGCGGAUUGUCUUGUUGGAGGCGACGGCUGGUCUGUCGCCUCUCUUAGACGUCUCUGCGUCGCCGAUAACGGCUAUGUUGGGGGCUCCGGUCUGUGCCUGA